CAGCCUGUUAAAAUCCAAUCCGGACAGCGUACCCUCUCAGAUGAUCGCCGGCUGAUCUAGCAGAGCGAUCCCAGGUUCUCAGAGUUGAAACAUGAGCACCUUCGUGACUCUCUCAACAGGGCAGAGGCUGCCUAUGGUCGGACUCGGCACAUGGAAGAGCGCUCCAGGACAGGUGAAGCAGGCAGUGCUGGCAGCUUUAGACUGUGGGUACAGACACAUUGACUGUGCUGCUGCAUACAGCAAUGAACAGGAGGUGGGAGAGGCUUUGGCUGUCAGAAUCGGUCCUGGGAAGGCUCUGCGUCGUGAGGAGGUGUUUAUAACAUCAAAACUGUGGAACACUAAACAUGACCCAGAGGAUGUUGAGGAAGCGUGCAGGACCAGUCUGGCCCAUUUGGGUCUCUCCUAUUUGGACCUGUACCUUAUGCACUGGCCAAUGGCAUUUCAGCGAGGGAAGGAGCUGAUGCCUCGACGGGAAGACGGAAGUAUUCGUUACUCUGACACACACUACAGAGAUACGUGGGCAGCCAUGGAGAAGCUUGUGGACAAUGGUCUGGUCAAAGCUAUAGGACUGUCCAACUUCAACGCCAGGCAGACUGAUGACAUCAUCAGCAUGGCCAGACAUGCACCUGUGGUGAACCAGGUGGAAUGCCAUUCUUAUUUGUCUCAAGAAGAUCUUCUAUCUCACUGUCGGUCAGUGGCAGUUUGUAUGAUAGCCUACAGUCCUCUGGGCAGUGGGGACAGACCCUGGGCCUCUCCAGAUGAACCAAGCCUGCUAGAGGAUCCUCGACUGGGAGCUAUCUCCCAGAGAUACCGGAAGACACCUGCCCAGGUCAUACUGAGGUGGCAUGUGCAGAGGGGUGUCGUAUGUAUCCCCAAAAGCGUGACGCCCUCCAGGAUUCAGCAGAACUUGCAGGUGUUUGACUUUUCCCUGUCAGAAGACGACAUGAAGCUGAUUGGAUCCUUCAGCCGCAACGAACGCUUCAUCGUCCCAGCAGUUGAGAGGGAUGGCAAAAGAGUGUGGAGAGAUGCAGAACAUCCUCAUUUCCCCUUCCAUGAUCCUUACUGAGUCGGCACACAAGGAGUGCAAUAGUGUCUUUAAAGAGGAUUCUGAUGAUUAUGAUUCAAAUAUGAUUAAAUGCAUUUUCCUUUAUCUUUUUAGAAUGAAUGACAUGAAUUUAAAUCACAUUUAUGGGCCCAAAUUUGUCAAGAACAUUUGUUUCCUCAGUCACAUCUUUACUGAGAUUACAGUGAAAACAAAAAAAAAAAAACAGACUUUACUUCACUGCCAGAGUGACACUAUGUGGUCAGUAACAGAAUUGCCUCUCUGCCCAACGUCAGCUUUGAUCACAUGGUGGCUUCAAGCCUCACAGUGACUCUAAACUUGUGAAUCAUCAGUGAAUCACUGCGGCAGCACUGCUCUCAGAGAUUAAACUUUCUAUGAUGUUGAAAGAAUGCUUUUUCGUGUCUGAUGUACUUUUGUGAAAAAAAAUCUCAGCCAAUGUCAUGUUUGCCUCGACCCAAAAUCCACAAAAAAAAAAAAAAAAUUACCUAAAAAUGGACUUUAAGUAAAUUUCUGACUAAAUCGCAUCAACUCUGUACUAAUAAAAACUUCAAACAGACACUGAUAACACUUCCAUUUCGUGAGAUUUUAUUUUCAACAACAUAACCUUGACAAAGUUGUAAUACAUUAUAUGCUACUGUUUAUUUAAAAAAAAAAAAAAAAAAAA